AUGAAUCCCAAUGGUCCUACUAUCAACCACCUUUCCUAUGUUGACAACAUAGUAAUCUUCACUGGUGGAAAGAACAAAUCAAUCAACCUCAUUUUGAAGCAAAUCAAAAGGUAUGAAAAUGACUCUGGGCAGAUGAUCAACACUGAUAAAAGUUUUUUCAUUACUACUCCAAAUACUUGUGCAAAUAGGAUAAACAGGAUGAGGAGAGCUACUGGGUUCAUGAAUAAGGAUUUUCCUUUUAACUAUCUGGGAUGCCCCAUAUAUGUGGGAAGGAAAAGAAAUUCCUAUUUUGAUAACAUGUUAGCCAAAAUCAUCAAAAAGCUUAAUAGGUGGCAAAGCAAGAUGUUGUCUUUUGGUGGUAGAAUUGUACUCAUUAAAAGUGUCUUACAAGCUGUCCCAACUUACAUUCUAUCUGCCAUAAAACCUCAUAAAGGCAUUAUCAAUCUCAUGGAUAAGCACUUUUGUAAUUUCCUCUGGGGGUCCAAAGAAGGUAAAAACAAGUAUCACUGGAGUUCAUGGGAGAAUUUAUGCUAUCCAAAACAUGAAAGUGGUAUUGGAAUAAGAAGAAUGCGGGAUAUCUUUGAGACUUUCACUCUUAAAAGAUGGAUAGCCAAGAAUGAAACAAGUCAUCAUGCAUUUGUGACUAGUGAAACUGCUAAUAUGCUAUGGAAUAGCAUUGGCAGACCACUAGGCAUUUAA